AUGAUGGAGAAAAUGGUCAUCCGUAGGAUACUUGCUCUAUUUCCAAAUGCCAUAGUUCGAAAAUUACUGCUGAUGCUGAUAUUUAGCUUAGUUUUAUGGGUCCUUUACUUGUCUUCUGGAGACUACAAAAAGCUCUUGAUCCACUGGAGAAACCCAGUUGUUCUGAAACAGUGGAGUGUCUUUAAAAAGUACUUGAGCUGUGAAGACACUCAGAGUCCAGAAGUCUUCCCAACAGAUACUGAGCUGAGUGUCAUGGAGAUCGUAGAAAGACUAGACCAGAUGAUCCCACCCAGACCCUUCACCCACAUGACCACCACCACCAGUGCCAAACACAGCAGAGCCGUCAUCCUCAACCCUCAAGACACGUACUGCAAGGGGGAUCAGCUAGACAUCCUUCUGGAGAUGAGGGACCACUUGGGACAUCGGAAGGAAUAUGGCGGGGACUUCCUGAGGGCCAGGAUGUCCUCCCCAGCCCUGAAGGCAGGUGCAUCGGGAAAGGUGACGGACUUCAACAACGGCACCUACCUGGUCAGCUUCACUCUGUUCUGGGAAGGCCAGGUCUCCCUGUCGGUCAUGCUCAUCCACCCCAGUGAAGGGGUGUCUGCUCUCUGGAGGGCAAGGAACCAAGGCUAUGAUCGAAUUAUUUUCAAAGGUAAAUUUCUUAAUGGCACCUCUGAAGUCAUCACUGAAUGUGGUCUGGCCUUAAACUCGAGUGCUGAGCUGUGCCAGUACCUGGAUAUUCGGGACCAAGAAGCUUUCUACUGUGUGAAACCACCAUAUGUCCACUGUGAGGCCUUCAUUUACAUGAGCACCAGAAAUAGACACAUUUCCUAUCUUAGCAAGGAGGAAUGGAAUCUUUUCAACAGGUCCAACAUAGGGAUUGAAAUGAUGAAGAACUUGAACUCCAUCAAGGUCUUACCAUGUAAUAAGACUGAGGACAUAAAAAAGAAAUGUCAGAUUGGAAUGAAGGCUCCUUUCCCCAGUGGGUACGCUUACAAAGGAAACUGGAUAACAACAUUUUGCAAACUAAUGGAGUUCAAUACAACCAAAAAUAUUCGUGACUGUUUGGGAAGAAAACUCAUUUACCUCAUGGGAGAUUCAACUCUACGUCAGUGGAUGUAUUAUCUACCCAAAGUUGUGGAAACCUUAAAGUAUUUCGAUCACCAUGGAAGUGGGCCCUUUAGAACACAUGUUCUUCUGGAUAUUGAAAGACAUAGCUUGAUCCAAUGGAAAAAGCAUAGUCAUCCAUUUGUUACUGAAAAGGUAUUCUCCUUGAAAGAUGAAAACUAUAUCCCACGGGAAAUUGACCAGGUGGCAGGAGACAGUAACACAGCAAUUGUCAUUACCAUUGGCCAACAUUUCAGACCCUUCCCCAUCAACACUUUCAUCCGCCGAGCCAUCAACAUCAGAAAGGCGAUUGAACGUCUCUUCUUGAGAAGCCCAGAGACCAAAGUGAUACUGAAAACUGAAAAUACCAGGGAGCUCCAUAUCAAUGCAGAGCUGUUUAGUGACUUUCAUGGUUAUAUUCAGAAUCUUAUCAUGCGGGACAUUUUUGAAGACCUUCAUGUGGGUAUUAUUGAUGUGUGGGACAUGACAGUUGCACACAGCACUAAUAAUGUCCAUCCACCUGAUAAUGUUGUUUGGCAUCAGAUCAGAAUGUUCCUCAACUACAUUUGCUAG